CCUCGGCGCUGCAGUCCUAACAGCGCCAGCCGGUCUCGCUCACUCCGGUCCCCACCGCCUUCCCAAGCCCUGGCUUGAUUCGUUGCGGGCCGCCGCGCCAAACUUUGACGUCUUGCUUCCCGCUGAAAAAGUUGGGGCUUGCGGCCUCGAUCGCCACCGGAGGUUGCCGGCAAGGGAUCCCUUCUGAAGACGAAGCAGAUAAAGGGGUAGCGAGUUGGCGCGAGCGCCUGAAUACAUAUUAGGAUCCGGGGACGCGACAGAUGCUCUCGAGUUGCCGCGACGCUGCGAGUUCGACAAGUAUCUCCCUUCUCACCCACGUUACCGUCUGCAGCGAAAUCUUCGGUCCCGAUCAACCCUUCCGCAGCGAUGGACUCGACCGCCCGAAGAAUCGUCCAGAUGCAGGAUUGGGCUCCGGCUCAGGAAGCGAUGUUCGCCGACGCUACUGAGCCCGGCGCUGCACAACCACUGCGAUUGCGAAGCAUGAGCGUCUCUCUCCCUUGGCGCCCGCGCCCGAAAUCUGCGUUGCUCGACCCUGCCAACUUGGACGCACAGUACUACAACCUCUCUCUGAAAAAGAGCAAGAGCCACGGCUUCGACGAGGGAGAAGGCAACAGCCAUCUCGCUCCGCCGUCGUCCAAGCCGCAGCAUGGCGGCAACUUUAAGCGGAUGCUGCGCCGGGCCUCGGUGUCGUUGAAGGAGGGAGUUAAGGGCUUCGUUCACAGACGCACCUCUGUCCCGGCCAUUUUCGACAGCGAUGGACAGCAUUCGCGGGCCCUGUUCGCGGGCCCGUCGCAUGGCGCACCGCGACCCACGACCUCUCACUCGACGUGGCACCGGCUGCGACAGGCUACCAGCUUCCACCGACACUCGCGGACGCUCCAUACCGGGUACGGUGAGCGCAUGUUCGACCAAGAGCUUUUCCCUAUCGAAUCGCCCACACUCCCCGUGCCGGGCUCGGGCGAGCAGCCUCCCAUCAUCCCACGGAAGACCGGUGCUGCGGCCAGGCAUGCGGCUGCCAUCGCGUGUAACGGGCUGCAUGGCUACGACCUCAUGGCUAUGCCCAUGCCGCGCCCGGGAUGGCUCGCCGAAGACGCGCUGGAUGACCGCGAGAGCGGCAUCGGAAUCGCGCUCACCAGCUCCGAGAUGGAGGCAUAUGUCCCGGGUGAGGACCUGGACUCGGAUGUGGAUGUGGGCUCCGGGGUGACACCCGACGAAACCCCCAUUAUCAAGGUCGACUUCAUCUCGCAGCUGCCGUUUGAACUGGCCAUCCAGGUCCUCUCGUUACUUGACGCCGCGACGCUGAACACGGCUAGCAGAGUGUGCUCUAGCUGGUACAAGGUGAUCACGAACCAGCACAUCUGGCGUGAGUCCUUCCUGCGGGAGAAGACGACCACCUUCGCCACCAGCGGACCCGUCAAGCCGGGCACAGGGCUGGGCAUCCCCCCAGUGCAUCCGGCAAACGACUGGAAGGAGAUCUAUAGGGUGAAGACCGAGCUGGAUAGGCGUUGGAAAGAGGGCAAGGCGCGGCCCGUGUAUCUGAACGGGCACACAGAUAGCAUCUACUGCCUGCAAUUCGACGAGUCCAAAAUCAUAACCGGCUCGCGCGACCGCACGAUCCGCGUCUGGGACAUGCACACCUUCGCCUGCAAGCUCAUCAUCGGCCCGCCCGAGAUCGUCCACGAAGGCUCCUUCUCCCUCCUCUACGACGAACACCACAACCCGAUCCACUACGCCACCAUCCCAGACAUCGACCCUUCGCCAACCGCGGACGGCCUCCCGCGCGCCCCGGUCCGCGCGUACCACUCGGUGCCGGCCCUCUACGCGCCGCCCGUGCACCACAAAGCCUCGAUCCUCUGCCUGCAGUACGACGACGAGAUCCUCGUGACCGGCUCGUCCGACGCGACCUGCAUCGUCUACACGCUCGCGGCGGGCUACCGCCCCGUGCGGCGGCUGCGGCACCACUCGGCGGCCGUGCUGGACCUGGUAUUCGACGAGAAGCACAUCGUGACGUGCUCCAAGGACGUGUCGAUCUGCGUGUGGGACCGCGCGACGGGCGCGCUGCUGCGGCAGCUGCGCGGGCACGCGGGGCCCGUCAACGCCGUGCAGAUGCGCGGCAACACCAUCGUGUCGUGCAGCGGCGACUUCCGCGUCAAGCUGUGGAACAUCGACACGGGCAAGAACAUCCGCGAGUUCUUGGGCCACAAGAAGGGCCUAGCGUGCAGCCAGUUCUCCGAGGACGGGCGGUACAUCGCCUCGGCGGGCAACGACAAGGUUAUCCGCAUCUGGGACGCUAACACGGGCGAGUGCGUGCGCGAGAUGGAGGCGCACGGGGACCUCGUGCGCAGCCUGCACGUGGAUAGCGUCAGUGGGAGGUUGGUGAGCGGCAGCUACGACUCGGACAUCAAGGUCUGGGACAUGGAGACGGGCCAGCCGCUGCUGGACUUCCCCAAGUGGCAUUCCAGCUGGGUGCUAAGCGCCAAGAGCGACUACCGGAGGAUCGUCAGCUCCGGGCAGGAUCCGAAGAUCUUGAUUCUGGAUUUCGGCGCCGGCGUGAAGGGGAUUGAGAUGCUGGAGAGCUGCGGCCGCGGUGCUGCCGGCAGCGAAGAGGUGGGGUAUAUCUGAGCACACAGCUUCCUGCUUUUCGCGAAUACGUGGUGGGACGAUACCGCCACUCCUACAUAUUUACACGACUGCUUGGUCGAGGACA